UCACGUGACUAUGUUUGCCAUUUUUAAUGGAAUCCUCGAUAUUAUCUUUCAUCAAUACCAUUUACAAAAGAAUAGGAAUUAAUAGGUUUCCAAAUUCUUUGUUGUUUGAUUAAGUGCAUAAAGAAUCAAACUGGCGUGUAUUUAUAAUUAUUGUAGAACAGGUGUAGUGUUUUCUGAGGUUGGCGUUAAACGUCAAAGUGAAGAGACGAGCGAUCGUUACUGCAACAUGGCGACGAUCGAGGACGUUUGUGAAGAUAGUAGCUCCACGGAUCCAUUUAUAACUAACGAACAGAUUAAUGGUUAUUUGCAGGAUUCUGGGGAUGAGUUGACUGUGGAGACACCCCCUUUACCAGCGCCGUUCAUACGGAAUGAUAGUGGAACAAGCUUAAAUAGUCUUAAACUUUCCUCCACCUCUGCCCGGCCGUUCCAGGGACCCCGUUUUAAACUGAUACAUGAAGGGGAUAUACAGAUUUGUCGUCUUAAUCACACCAGAACUAUUGUCAGUAAAAUAAUGAACUCAAAAUAUCUUCGGCGAUGGGAGAGUCAUCGUAUUGUUUUGGACAGAAAUGAGAUCCGCUCAUGCACUGCCUGUGGCAUGAUGGAUAACCCUAUUCCUUACUCCAGCAUCGAAGAUGUGCACAUCAUCUCGCGGUGGGAUGCUGGCCAGAAGUUCUGUAUAAGAAUCACUGUACCAGAUGGCUCUCUUCUCAUUCAGGCUCACAAUUCAUACAUACGAGACCAGUGGCUUCAUUCAAUUCUCUGGAAGAAACAUAUGUACAAAUGUGAAAAAUUACUAAAGAAUGCAAGGCGACCUGAAGUUCUUGUCAAGGAGAUCAAGAACAUGAUAGACGUUUCUUUGACCACUAACAUCCAGGAUGCCAGUGUGUAUCAGUUUCCUCUGGACCUUGUGUCUGAUCUUCUACAGCAGAAUGCUGAUUUUAUUACGCGAGUGGCACAUGAAAACAUCAUUGUUGCUCUAGCCCCUCUUCUGGAAAACAACCAUCCGACCCAAGAGAUCUGUGAAUUUUUCAGCAAGCAUUGUAAAAACAGUCCUCGUUCCAGCAUUGUAAUAGAAUUGUUCACUCCUGUGGUGCAGAGGAUUCUCAAACACAACACUGACUUUGGAAAAUACCCCAGAAUGCGUGGAUUUGUCCAGGAGUACAUUCAGGCUUUAAAUUGUCAAAAUGGCGGCUAUGAUGUGGUUCAAAAUUUUGUCAGAAGCAUGCACAGCCCGGCCAGUGCCUGUCCACACCCCCGUGUUCUCCCUAACCUGGUCGCCGUGUGUCUGGCCGCCAUCUACUCCUGUUUUGAGGAGAAGAAAAAUGCCAUGCUGGAUAACACCAACGUAGUGUUGGAUGUGCAGGAGUGGGAAAAUAAACUCUGUUGCUAUAUUGGAAUGUUGGACACCAUGUCCACAUUCUCAGACUGGCGAUUAGUACUAGGGAGUCUUCUACAACCAAUUCCAUUUCCAAAUGAUGCCCUAGCACAUGAAUUAUUUACAUCCAAAAUGAAGAAUGUGCUGAAGAACAUAGCCUCAGAUGAGAAGUGUGACGUCCAUCAAACAAUCCUGGGGAUCCGUGAGGGGAAGGAAGGCUGGUUCCACCUGUAUCUACCGGGGACGAUAGGCUGUGAUGACGAGGGCGAACUCUGGGGCAUCAUGUUGAAAACUCUGAUCAGAUGUUGCUGCAAGAGGAAGAAGUUUCUGACAGAACUGAAUAAAAUGAUUGGUCCAGUCAUGUUGCUGGCCCUGAGAGAGAAUGAGGCAGCCAUGGAGGUGCUUUGUGCCAUGUUAGAGCUGGAGGUUGUAGAAAAUGAGGAUCUAAAACUACAAAUGGUGACAACAUUACAGAGCACCUGUAAAGGCAAACGCAUGUACGCUCAACUGUGUGAGAGACAGAUCGCUCUCAGAGAACUACAACAAAAGGGAGGACCCAAGAAACUGACCCUGCCCUCCAAGUCCACGGACUCGGACCUAGCUAAGAUGCUGAGUUCAGGGUCCUUCGGGAAUCUGGAGUGUCUCAGUCUAGCCUUCACACACGUCACCAGCGCGUGUGCUAACGACCUAAUCAAACUGCCAUCACUUCGCUACCUUAACCUCUGGUCCACACAAUUUGGAGACAAUGGACUUCAGUUAAUAUCGGAAUAUCUACAGAAACUACAAGUUCUUAAUCUUUGUGAAACACCUGUAACAGACAAAGGAUUGACAUGCUUAUCAACUUUAAAGAAUCUCAGAAAACUCAAUCUUAACAGCACCAGUUUAUCCAAAUUAACAUUUGAAGGACUUGUGGAGAAGCUGCCGGCAUUACAGGAAUGUGAUGUGAGAUAUACUGAUGCCUGGUGAUGUCCCCCUGUCCUCCCCCAGUUUAUACAGUCAUACUUACUAUCUCAUGUCUCCUGUAUGUGACCACCCUCUGUUGUGUGACAGUGAACAAAAGACGGCCAGCAGUUUGUCAUCUCAACAGGAAUCAGAACUCCCUACAACUGAAUGUGUUCCGCUGUAUUCCGUAGGAUAGAACAUGGGAGAAUGGAAAAGGAAGAAGAUUCUACCACCAUGAAAUACCUCCGGGAAGGCCCCCAUCUCUACCCUUCACUGAUGACAAGAACAUAAUAAGCAGCAGGUCAUGUUUUCUGAUCAUUACUGUGCUUCAUGGAGAUGAUGUAUUCAAUUUAGUUACAGAUUUUUUUAAACUACUUGUUAUUAGAAAGUUAUCAUGUAUAUUUAUUUGCAUAAUGUGCUCAGAUCCCCCUUUGUUGUAUUCAGUGUCGGUGUCAUUUUCCAAUACACAGGGAGGUGCCUGAAGCGAGUGUCAACAAAUAUUGUUAUCUUUUGACAGAGUAGUGUUACUAUUUUUAUCUCUGUACGUAGCUUUCAUUACCAUCAGCUGUAAAUGACGUUAUUAAUGUGUACAAUUUCAUGACUGUCAUCAGAGUGAUAAAUUGUUAUUUUUCUCUGUACUUCAGCAAAAAUUAUACCAGUUUUAAUAUGCUUUAAGUUUUUUUUUCCUGGAUUAGACAACAUGUCUAAUACAUGCAAUUUUUAUUCACAGUUCAUGGAUACAUUUUUCUACUAGAAUCAAUACUUUUUUACGCAAAUUAAAGAGUAGAAAUAUUUUUGUUGAAAACAUCUUAUGUUUGUGUCUGUUUUGUUGUUAUAUUUUUCGGAAGCCAUAUGUUGAUUUUCUUAUUUUAUCGCGCAUAUUAAGUAUUGUCUUUCUGUCUCUAUGAUAAAUUCUUUUUUUAUCAGGUGCUGAUUCUUUAAGAGUGCUAUUUGUUUCACCAAAAAAUUAUUUACAUUUUAAAAAGCAUUUCCCAAUACAAAACAGAAGGAAUAAGGGGCCAAUUUGCAACAGAGUAAAUUUAUUUUACUUUUGAUAGUUUGAAAUUGGGCUUACAAACUCAGUUUAUUCGCAUUAUUCAUCUUUUUCUCAGAAUAUCUUAUUUUCCUUGUUUCAAGUUAAACUUUUGGCAAUGUACCAUUCAUUUGAUAAAAAAAAUAACUCCAAAGUUACCAUAAUACAGUAUGGUCUUUUCUUGUAUUUUCUUCACAAGUACAGUGGAGCCUCAUUUAUCCGGACGCUUUGGUUCCCUGUCAAUUUGUCCGGAUAUGUGAAGUGUUGGGAUACCUAAGUUACCAGUUAAACAAGACAAAAUAACAUUUAAAAAUUCUGUUCCAAUGAAAAAUCGUCCGGGUACUGAUGUAUCCGGAUACCUGAAGGUCCACUGUAGUUAUUUUUUCAGAACCAAAUUUCAUUUUGGAGCAUUCAAACUCAUUAGUGCAUUUCAUGUAAUUCUGUUUUCUUCCUCAGUUUUGGGGAUAGAAUUGAUUGUUAUUAUUAUCUAGUCACAUAAUGCCAGAUUUGUUGUCAGAGUGUGUGAUGGGACAGACCAAUAGGGUGUCGGUCUAGGUCAAUUUGGAAACCUCUGUGACGUGGUAAUAUACAGGUGUAUAUACAGUGUAUAGCUUAUUGUUGAUGGAACCCCCCCUCUUUGUGAUCUAAAGUAUUUUGUGUAAGAAGGGUGAAUGUGUGCAUUUUUUUGUGACAUUUUGAUUGAUAGUGUUAAUGUACCCAUUUACAUAUAAGCUCAUUGAGUGACUGAUUGUUUUGAAGGCUUCAUUAGCUAGCCAUUUGUGUUUAUUGUUGGUCUUGUUUUAUCUUAUAUGUACAAGCAUUAUAUCAGUGUUGCUUUAAUGUUAUGGAAUGCUCAUCUUUUAUUUUCAUUUGAUUCUAGUCCUACAGAUUUUACAGGGGGUAGACUGUACAAGUAAUUUAUUUCAGCAUACUAAAAUAAUUUAUCACAGCUGUAUAUUAUGGAAUUAUGGAAUACUAGGCACCAACAUGUACUAUCAGUAUAUUUAUUUAAUAUAAAGGUAUGAUUUUAUGAUCAUUCUAAAUUUAAUAGUGCAGUAAUGAUUGAGCAAAGCUAUCACACAGACACAUUUCUAUAUGAUUUAUACAGGGAUUUACACAGAUUCUGUAUACAGCAACAUCAUGAUUUCUCCCACUUGCCCCAAGUCCAAGAACUUAUUUUAUAGAAUUUCUACCAAUUUCUUUAUGAAGAUGCUUUACAUUUCUGGCAUAAUUGUGCUCACUUAAUAUAAAUUAUAAUAAAAAGGAACAAAAAGUUGAUCAGCAUGCAAUAAUGAUCCAGCAAAGGACAAGGCUAAGAUUCCUAUUUGUGCCUCCUGGUUUGGGGUGUUCUUUAGAGUGAUGCAAUAAUUUAUCAAUAAAAACCUAUUGUUGUCCCUGCCACAAAAUGAGUGUUGGUUUCAAGUCAUGGGAUGCACCGUGGUCACUGGAAGGUCAGAAAAUAUCUCAAUUUCUGAAUUUUCUCAUUUUUAUGCAAAUUUUCGAUUCUGCAGUAUAUUUUGUUUCAGAAGACAAAGCACAAGCUUGCCUAUCUAACAAAUUUAAAUAUUUUAUACACAAGUAUCAGAUGCAUCUUCUGUAUAAAAAUCUCACAUAGGCAAGCUUGUGCUUUAUGUUUUCCAAAGUGAAAAGUAUCUCAAAUUUGACGGAAUUCCAACAUAACUGAGGAAAUUUUUUAAAAAAUGUCUUACUUCUGCACGCUUUUUUGCCCUCCGUGUAUGUUUCAAAUCAAUAUUGGUACAGUUUUUAAAAUGAGUAUCAUUUUAAGUUCUUAACUACAAGCUGUCACAAUUUGAAAUGUUUUCCGAUUUUUGCGUAAAAUAAAGGGCUAGAUUCGGCCAUUACCAUAUCUUGUCCUCUACACCAUUAUCAACUUGUUCCGUAAAAUAUGUAUACACAAGAGUAUUUUGAUGUAAUUAUUUUAGAAAGACUUUCAUAUAUUUUAUCUAAAUCAAUCAGGCAUUAAACCAAAAAUAUUUAGGAUAAUGCACAGAACACAAAUUAUUGUCGUUAUACCAAUAUCAUCACCGACUUUCCAAAUUACUGUUAACUAUGUGGUGUUUUGUGUAAAUCUUAAAGCAUUAUCAUUGAUAUUGCAUUUCUAGUCAAUUUUUUCCACAUGAUCUUAUAAACUACAAGUUGCUCUAUUAGUCUAUAUGGUGCCUUAAUUUUCAUACUUCUGUCAUUAAAUUCAUUUUAUUUAUUACUCUGAUUAAAAAGAAGGAAAAAAAUCCAUCAUGGUAAAAUGUGUUAUCCUUUUAAUUGUGGCAAUAUGUGUUUUAUUUCAAUCAACUUUUUUUUAAUAGGCUGCAUACACAUAGAGUUAUUUUAUUUUAUGAAAUUUUAGGUAAUAUGGUUAACACAUUGGAGUGCAAUUUCAUGUACAGGUCAUUUCAAUAUAUAUAUAAUUCAUGUCUGUGUUUAUCCCACCCACAUCAACGUAGGCAUUUCAUGUGUCAGUUCCUACAGAUUUCUAUAAGGUUAACUUUGAUUGUUUACAAGGCUUUUCAGAGCUGAAUUCUUUUACUAGAGCCUCUUUGUUAGACUUCAUCUUUAGAAUCGUAUCAAGAAAAGGGGAAUUGACCUUUUCUUGGGGCUGUAUUUAAUUACAAGCUUGCAUUGUAUUGCAGUUUGAUAUCAGAAGAUGGGUUGACCAGUUUUUCAAUGUGUCUGCAUUUUUUUUUGCUACAUAUGAGAGUGCCAUGAACUUUAGAUGUUCUGUGAUAAUUGUUGUUUUUAGCCAUUCCAGUUGUACCAUUUAUGUUACAAGCAUGAACAAAUUGUUAGGUGGAAUUCCCAAUCAUAAUGUUCCUGUCUAGACAAGUAGAUUCUAAGAAUUUGAACUUUUUUGCAUUUUGAUGAGAAACUAUAGAUCAGAAAUUAAUAUAAAGUAUUUUCAGAAUGAUGGGUAAUUUUUUAUGUUUAUUGUACUGUACACAUUGAUCUUUGUAUUGAAAUUAAAAAAAAAAAAUAGUUGUUGUUUGGAAUGGCCAUCUGAAAAGACAAUUCAUCUUCAUAAGAGAGAGGUCAAGAUCUAGGAAUUAGGAUGUAUAGUAUUUACACAAUUUUUUUUUUCAAUGUAAUCAUGAACAUUUUUUUCACAGCAGUUUUUUUUUUUAUUUUAUAAAAUAAUCAAACUUAACCCCCCCAUUUUUGAAAAAAGUAAAACUCAUAGUUUUCACAUUUACAUACUCAUUCAUAGAAAAUACUUUGUAAUGUAUGUAUGCUACACAAGAAAUCCUACAAGUUUUAAAAAACUAGCUGAUCAUGAUUUUGAUUUGUUUAAAGUUAAGAAUUUAUACAAUUAUGAGACUAAAAAUUUUACUAAUUGUUCAUGGAAUACAUUUAUUUGAAUUAAAAUUCAGGGUAUUUCAUAAUGUCAUUCUAUUAGAUUGAAGGAUUAACAACUAGAUCUUGACCUAAAAUUCAUAUAAAUGAUCAAUGCAAUUAUUUUCUUAAAUUAGGAUGUUUCAAGCUUAAUGUGCAAAAUAGCAUUGUUGGUUUCAAUAUUAUGUAGAGAAGGCAGUAGAGAAAUUGUCAUCAGAAUUAAGACUUUUCAUAGCUAUUACUUUGCUUUUAUUAAAUGUUGCGUGCUUUUUCAUAUGUUAUUUGUCAAACAUGAUCUGAUAAUAAACGUUUUAAAACAUUCAUAA